AUGUCUGCUCAGGGAGGAUAUAACUAUACACCUGAGGAACAAGCUGCAGCUUAUUACGCUCAACAAGGAUAUACACCAGAACAAAUAUCAGCAGCUUUAGGAACCGCUUCUUCAUCUUCUUCUACUUCAAAUUAUAAUAACUAUGGAUCAACAUCUUCAACUGGGAUACAACCUGUUUAUGCAGCCGCUGCACCGGGUACAUUUCAAAAUGUUUAUGACACAGAUGUACUUCAACAGUCGUCAAUAUAUGAUCCUACUGUAAUCUCAGAAUUAGCUAAGAAUGCUCCACCAACGAAACAAGCUUCCACUACCAAUGGUAAUGGUCAUGGAAGCGCUAAAAAUAUCGGUGGUGCCCAGAAAAGAGAAACUGUUAUUAGAAAAGGUAGUGGUAGGACUUGGGAGGAUCAAUCUUUGAUCGAUUGGGAUCCAAAAUGGUUCAGACUUUUCGUUGGUGAUCUAUCAAAUGACGUUAACGAACGUACACUCGACGAAGCUUUUAACAAAUAUGAUAGUUAUUGCAAAUGUAAAGUGGUAAGGGAUAGACUGAGUUUGAAGGCAAAAUACGGUUUUAUAGCAUUUAAAGAUCCUGAGGACUUUUUGAAAGCAUGGAAGGAGAUGGAUGGUAAAUACGUCGGAAAUAGACCAAUUAGAUUAUCAAAGAUACAAGAUGAUAAAUAUGGUAAGAUUGAAACUGUUCAGAUUGGAAAUAGAAAAGCUAAACAAUUAGAGAAAAUAAAGAAGAACAAGGGUAAACCAUUAGAUGGAAGACCUACUCCUUAUUAG